CUCUCACAGCUUUAUCCAGACCAAAUUAAAGGCAGAGAGCUUCCAGAAGAGAAUGAUGGAGAAGAAUCCAUGAGGAUACAAGAUCAUGGAGAUGCUUCCAUUUCUUUAGAGGCUGAAGACAGUAAGAAGGAUGAAGAGGACAGUGAUGUAGAGCACCCUCUGUCUGAGCUGAAACGCUUGUCAGACUCUCGAUAUAAGAAACGUUCUACAGAGAAGAAAAAAUGUAGGAAGGGCCACACAGGAGUGAAGCUUAGCUGCAAAGACUGUGGUAAAACAUUUAUGGGAAAAUCAGCUUUAAACAAACACAUGAGAAUCCAUACAGGAGAGAAGCCUUUCUGUUGUGAUCUAUGUGGGCAAAGAUUUAGUCAAAAAGUAAAUUUAAACAGACACAUGAGAAUCCACACAGGGGAGAAGCCUUUCUGUUGUGAUCUAUGUGGAAAAAGAUUUAGCCAAAAAGGAGCUUUAAACACACACAUGAGAAUUCACACUGGACAGAAGCCUUUCUGUUGUGAUCUAUGUGGACAAAGAUUUAGCCAAAAAGGAGAUUUAAACACACACAUGAGAAUCCAUACAGGACAGAAGCCUUUCUGUUGUGAUCUGUGUGGACAAAGAUUUAGCAACAAAUCUGGUUUAAACAGACACAUGAGAAUCCACACAGGGGAGAAGCCUUUCUGUUGUGAUCUAUGUGGAAAAAGAUUUGGCCAAAAAGGAGAUUUAAACACACACAUGAGAAUUCACACAGGACAGAAGCCUUUCUGUUGUGAUCUAUGUGGACAAAGAUUUAGCCAAAAAGGAGAUUUAAACACACACAUGAGAAUCCAUACAGGACAGAAGCCUUUCUGUUGUGAUCUGUGUGGACAAAGAUUUAGCAACAAAUCUGGUUUAAACACACACAUGAGAAUCCAUACAGGACAGAAGCUUUUUUGUUGUGACACAUGUGAACAAAGAUUUACCUUCAAAUCAACUUUAAACGUUCACAUGACAAUCCAUACAGGACAGAAGCGUUUCUGGUGUGAUUUAUGUGGAAAAAGAUUUAGCCAAAAAUCUGAUUUAAACAAACACAUGAGAAUCCACACAGGGGAGAAGCCUUUCUGUUGUGAUCUAUGUGGAAAAAGAUUUAGCCAAAAAGGAGAUUUAAACAAACACAUGAGAAUCCACACAGGACAGAAGCCUUUCUGUUGUGACCUAUGUGGAAAAAGCUUUAGCCUCAAACAAAAUUUAAACAGACACAUGAGAAUCCAUACAGGAGAGAAGCCUUUCUGUUGUGAUCUAUGUGGAAAAAGAUUUAGCAACAAAUCUGGUUUAAACAGACACAAGAGAGUCCAUACAAUGCAAGACAAGGCAAGUUUUGUAUAGCACAUUUCAGUACAAGGACAAUGCAAAGGGCUUUACCUGAUUAAGAUGUAGGGAAACAGAAACAAACAAAUUGGACGACAAAUGUAAAUGAUGUUUCAGUUAACAGUUUAACUAGAAAAGUCAAAGGCAAUCCUAAACAAAUGUGUUUAUAAUCUUGAUUUAAAAUGACUCAGGCUUUCAAGCACUUUUACAGUCUUCUGGAAGUUUUUUUCAGUUGGUAGAAUAUAGUAAGUCAACUUUUUACAGGUUGUAAAGCGCUUUGGGGUUGUCGGACUAUUUAAUGUGCCAUUUACCAGAUUAGGCUUGAAUCAGAAGAAUUUAGUAGUCUGGAGGGUUGAUACGCUGAUAACAAGUCGGACAUGUAUUUAGGUGCUGAGCCAUUAAGGGUUUUUAUAGACUAAAACAAGUAUUUUAAAGUCUAUUUAUUAAGAUAGAGGGAGCCAGUGUAAGGACUUUAGGACCAGGUUCAUGUUCCCUACUUUCUUAACCUUAUUAAGGACGUGAGCAGCAGUGUUCUGGAUCAACUGCAGUUAUCUGAUGGACUUUUUUGGUGGACCUGUGAAAACACAGUUUCUGUUUUGUUUUUGCCUCAGUCUAUUAGUGCAACAGCCCGGAAACUGGGGUCCGCGGACCUCCGUGGGCCUGUAAAUCUGUUAUUGGGCCUGAGGAGGCACUGCUGAGGAUGUGUUGGGGUUGAGUCAAGUAUCAUAAUGGGCAAAUAGUUAACUCUGUCCAACUUAUCAUGUAAGGUAAAAGCCAAAUCAGCUAAAAUUAUGAAGUAUAACAACAGUUACAUGGAGUUUAGCUUUAUGAAGAAAGAGGAUGGGAGACCAAAAUGUGUUUGUCUUCAAGUGCUAGUAAACGAGCUUUGUAUCUGGUGGCGUAGCGCAAUGCUAACAGUAAGAAGCCACACUCAAUAGGAAUGGACCGUGUGCUUCCAGCUGCGGUGGACAUGUGUGAGGUUCUACUUGGUACAGAAGCAGCUAACAAGUUGAAAACUGUCCGGCUUUCAGACGUCAUGAUGAGAAGAAGAAUUAAAGAACUGUAGGCUGACAUUCAGGAACAGUUAUUGGAUAGACUGUGUUCAUGUAAUCCGUUUUCUAUACAGCUGGAUGAAUCUACAGACAUUUCCAUUGCUGCUCAACUGAUAGCUCUGGUGCUCUAUCCCUAGGAGGGAAACGUUUUGGAGGAUUUUUGUUUCUGCAAGGAGGUCUUGGGCAGGACAACUGGUGAGGAAAUAUUUAAGCUAGUUGAUGCUUUUCUGACUGAAGCGAGACUGAGCUG